AUGAGAGUAAUUGUCUACCUUGACGAAUAUGCUUGUGUGGGUGAGCAACCCAUCCGUUACCAUGGUGAUAUAUGGAAUGUGUCCAGUUGUGAGUUUUGUAUGUGUCAGAAUGGACAAGUCCAGUGUCAUACUGCAGUCUGUGAGCAUCUCAGGUGUACACAGGACCAGGUAUUGGUACAAUCCGUAGGAAAGUGUUGUCCUGAGUGUAUAGAGCCUCCUAACUGUGACUUCGCCGGGGAUACCUUCAAGGAUGGAGAGACAUGGCAUCCUGACCCCUGUUCAGUGUGUAACUGUAAGGAUGGGGAAACGGUGUGUUACCAGAACUCCUGUCCUGUUUGUCCGCAGGGAAGUGUGUCUGUCCUUCAGCUAGGAGAAUGCUGUGGACAGUGUCAACCAAUGCCCUGUUCAGACAUGUGUCUGACAUGUUCCCCAGAUGACCCCCAGCAGUGCACCAAGUGCCAUGUGACCAGUAUGAUGGUUCAGGAUGGUACAUGUGUUUCUGGUUGUUCAGAGGGGAAGUUUGCUACUCGGAACAACCAAUGUCAAGCCUGCCACGAGACGUGUCAGACCUGUAUAGAUGGAACACAACACCAUUGUGUUAAAUGUAAGCCAGGACUUCUAUGGAGGAAUGGUCAGUGUGUACCUAGGUGUGACAGAAACUACUUCCAGGAAGGUGGCCAGUGUAUUGCAUGUCACAGAAGCUGUAGCUUUUGUGUGGGGCCAUGGAGCCAGGAUUGUCAAUCAUGUUCAAGUCCAGGACAGGUGCUCCAGGAAGGACAAUGUGUGGACGCAUGCCAAUCAAACUACUACCUCAGAAACAAGGAGUGUCUAGAGUGUCCCCCAACUUGUAAGACAUGCUCAGGCGACGGAGGAUCCUGCACCAGUUGUUUUGCGGGAUUUGUAUUACAUCGCACACAGUGCCUUUCUGAAUGUCCGAAUGGAUUCUACGCUAAUCCAGAUGGAUUUUGUCUGCGUAAGACUGUAGCUUUUAUAUUUUGA